UGGGAGCCGCAGUGGCGGCAGCAGUGGCGCUGGCGGCUGGGACCGGUGAGCGCUGCGUGGGGCGGCCCCUCCCCGGAGGUGGCGGGGGCAGAGGGGGCUGCAGUGCCCGGCGGCGGCGUGGGGCGGCCAAGGAGCGAACCUAGGGCCCCCGCAGGAGUUCCUGUCUUACAGUGUGUCAUAAAACUUACCUUCAGAGAAGAGAAGAACUGGAAAGCUACCAAAUAUUGGUGAUUUGGAUGUUCAAAACUCCUUUAUGGAUUUUGAAAGGAAUUGUGGGAGGUACUUCAGUGAAGAAAUGGACCAGUGUGUAUAAUCAUGGAGUCUCCUUGCUAACCAUCACCACCUACUCUCCCUGAUACGUGAGAGAGAGUGGGUCUGGGGAGAAGGAAAGAGGUCAACAUGAAGCUGAAGCAGCGAGUCGUGUUGUUAGCAAUUCUCCUUGUCAUCUUUAUCUUCACCAAAGUUUUCCUGAUUGACAACUUAGAUUCAUCGGCUGCCAACCGGGAGGACCAGAGGGCUUUUCACCGAAUGAUAGCUGGCUUGCGGGUGGAGCUGGCAUCCAAGCUGGACCACACCUUGCAGUCUCCCUGGGAGAUUGCAGCCCAGUGGGUGGUUCCCCGGGAAGUGUAUCCUGACGAGACACCAGAGCUGGGGGCAAUCAUGCAUGCCAUGGCCACCAAAAAAAUCAUUAAAGCUGAUGUGGGUUACAAAGGGACACAGCUGAAAGCCUUACUGAUACUUGAAGGAGGACAGAAAGUUGUCUUCAAACCUAAGCGGUAUAACCGAGACUACGUGGUAGAAGGCGAACCCUACGCUGGUUAUGACAGACACAAUGCAGAGGUGGCAGCCUUUCACUUGGACAGGAUUCUGGGUUUUCGCCGAGCCCCCUUGGUGGUUGGCAGAUUUGUUAAUCUUCGGACAGAGAUCAAGCCUGUGGCCACGGAGCAGCUCUUGAGCACCUUCCUAACUGUAGGAAAUAAUACUUGUUUCUAUGGGAAGUGUUACUACUGCCGAGAAACAGAGCCAGCUUGUGCCGACGGAGACAUGAUGGAGGGAUCUGUUACCCUCUGGCUUCCAGAUGUGUGGCCUCUGCAGAAGCACCGACACCCCUGGGGCAGGACUUACCGAGAGGGCAAACUGGCCAGGUGGGAGUACGAUGAGAGCUACUGUGACGCAGUGAAGAAAACAUCCCCUUAUGACUCCGGCCCGCGUCUCUUGGAUAUCAUUGACACGGCUGUCUUUGAUUACCUGAUUGGCAAUGCUGACCGCCAUCACUAUGAGAGUUUCCAAGAUGAUGAGGGUGCCAGUAUGCUCAUCCUUCUCGAUAAUGCCAAAAGCUUUGGGAACCCCUCGCUGGAUGAGAGAAGCAUUCUUGCCCCUCUCUAUCAGUGUUGCAUCAUUCGGGUUUCUACUUGGAACAGACUGAAUUACCUAAAGAAUGGUGUGCUGAAGUCUGCCUUAAAAUCUGCCAUGGCCCAUGACCCCAUCUCCCCAGUGCUGUCCGACCCGCACCUGGACGCUGUGGACCAGCGGCUCCUGAGUGUCCUGGCCACUGUGAAGCAGUGCACGGACCAGUUUGGGAUGGACACUGUGCUGGUGGAAGACAGGAUGCCUCUCUCUCACUUGUAAUUCGCAGCACAGAAUAACUGAAACUUCUUUUUACAAAGAUAGAGAAACAGCACAAUCAAUUCCAAAUGGUAUGAGAUGGAUUGGAAAUGGCCGGCAGUAAGUUCUGGUGGCAGGACAGAGUGGCCUUGGAUUUCAUUGGUGUUUCCAUCGUAGAAACUGCAGUGAGGACUGUUAGUUCAGAACACGGAUGUUCUGCUGAGUUACCUGAUGUCCUCGGCCCUUGCCCAUUCUAGUGGGCAUCGCAGUUGGUCAGUCUUAAUUCUCAUGCCAAAGGACAACAGGUGUGACGUUUGGAUAGGUUCAUGCUGGGGUUGGUUCUGGAGUGGGUAUUUGGAGUUCAUUCUUACAGUCCUUUCACCAUGCCUGUGGAUUUUCUGAGAACAGUUUGCAAUCUCUUGGGUCCUUUUUUACCAGGACUAGUCAAAUUGAGAAUUUUACUGCCUCCUGAGGAGUGGCAGCAAGUAAAACCUGACAUUUUGUGGAGCCAAAGGAACAGGCUCUGUUGGAGGGGGGUAUGUUUUAGAGGGAGAACAAAAGCAGGAAAGAUGUUUGGGCUUUUCAGCGAUUAGGCAGUAGCACUUUUGAUGAUUCUUAGAGGAGGGAAGAAGGGAGAGAGAAGGUGACCAGAAUCGGGGAGAUGACUGGAUUAGCAAAAGCAGGUUCCCCUGGGUUUUAUUUAAGUUCUUAAGGUGUGUAAAAGCUAAUGUGACUUGUACCUGAGUAAAGUUUGCGUUCUCACAGUUGUGUUUUAAUUAACCAAAAAAUUGUCUCUGAAGGAUUUAUUGUUACAACCCAAGCAUGAAUCUCUUAUGAGACUUAUAUUUCUUUAUUUUGCCCAAAGGAGACAAAUCCUUUCCAGAUUAAUAAAGCAAACAAAAAAUACCUUGAAUAACAGUUAGGUUACUUGUGACCUCUGCCAUCCUGGUUUCUCUUCUGAGAUGAAUUUCCAUCUCGGCCUUUAAGGCCUUGGAAGCUGCUAUUCCCAGAGAUUGGCAACCCUGAUUGUGCCUUUCUUGUGAGAAGAGCCAGCUCACUCUGGCAGAUGAACGUGUACAUCCUGCUGCUGGCUGGGCUGACUUAUGAUUUGAGCCAUGUGGAUGACUGGAAACAAAGAUUUAAGCCUUCUGAGCCUUAAAACUAAGGAGGGUGUACCAGGAAGAGCCUUAAGAUUUUGAGUUACGUCAAAACCUAAUUUCGUCAUUUAAUCUUGUUCGGAGUUUCUAACCCGUGUUCUGUCUCUUGUUAGCAUUCUCAGAUUUCAGGUUGCUAAAACACAGGCUGAGCUCUGGGUUCUGGCAGAGAGGUUGUGCCAUGUAAGCAGCUGCAGUAAAAUAUAGGGCCAGAGGGAGGCAGGUCUGGUGUGCCCGCUCAGUGUGUCCUCCGCGCUGUGUGCUGUUCCAGUUCUGUGCUUCUGUCAAGCAGAGACUAAUAGUUAACAGUGUGGUUGAACACAGUUAAUGCCAGCCAUUGGAGACCAGUUGUAAGCAACCACCCUUUCAAAAGCAGUGUAGAAUGUAUGCCCCGGUGUCCUCGCAUUGAAAGGUAACCAAGUAUCCUGUGACUACUUUAAAAGAGCAUGAAAUUAGGAUACUUUUGUACUUUGUAUAUACAUUUUGAGAUGUACAAAAGAAUGGGCUGAGUUAUUUAAAAAGGUUUUGAAUUUUAGAAGACAGUAUUAGCACAAAACACUAAAAUAUUGUUGACAAAAGGCGGUAUUGAUUCCAGUUGUAAGGCCAUUGACUGUGUACAUGCCCAGAAAUCCACAGUUGAGCGGGAGGAUACCUUGGAGAGAGUGUACCCGCAGGAUCAGCGAGCCAGCGGGAGUGAGGUAGGGAAGGAUGUCAGCCCCACUCUCCUGGGUAAAUGUUCGCUGAACGAAAUUGAUUAGUGUCUUUCAGCACAUGGUCCCUUCAGUGCGCCACACUGGAGUGCAUAAGAGCUGUUCACAGACUGCGAACUUGAUUCAUAAUGUCGAAGCAGAAGACUCAGCUGCUUUGAAACUGUCUCAUCCCUUUUUAUAACAUUGCCGAAAAUGAAUAAUUUCCUUCUCUUUCCCUGCUGUUUAAAAAUUCAUGCUCUUAAAAGAUGUUCAGAUCUGUAGUGGUUAUAUUUAGAAUUGUGCUGACUAUAUGACACUGAGAAUAUAAAUUUAUAGUAGAAGUCAGGAUUGGAUUAAGCAAGAAAAGUAUGUUUGGGUGAACCUUAGAGAAAAUCAACCAUAAACAUAGCCCUGAAAUUCACAAACACUAAAUUUUAUUUGAAAAAAAAAAGAAACAGGUAGAUAUCUUUUCAAAAGUUUUCUAACACUGUUCCCUUGAUGGUUUAUUUAUUAGAAUCUAGCACUAGUAGACAAGUCAUUGGAAGGGUUUUUGGUCAGCUCAAAGAAGAGUGUGUCUAGCUGACAUCUAAAGGUAGAGUAAAUACAUUUUAAUAUUAUAAAACUAGGAAAAUCAGAAGUGACUGCUUUUUCUUUAUCUCCUUCUACUUCUUAAAUAUGUUUAUUCCAGAGUCUGAGUAGGGAAAUAGGAGAGAGGUUUCAUUCUAAAACUGUUCUUUAACAUGAGUCUAUAUUGUGGGUUUGGCCAUAAGUAAUUUUCUGUACAAAACAAAUUAUAGACAGGACCUGAUUUGCUCAGCAUAUUUGUUCAAUAGUAUAUUAGUAAGGCAUUUGCAUUCAGAAUUAAUGUGUCAAAUGAAACUUAAGAAUGAAAUGGGAGAAUUUGGGUGAAUCCACUUCAUAUUAUUUUGGGAAAGAUUAAUCCUAUACAUGGCAAUUUUUUCAAUGUUCUUCCAAAGAAAUCCAUCUUUUCUCAAAAACAAAACAAAAGGCUUUUGGCCUCCCCUUCCCAUCCACCAUAUUCCUUCAACCUCCCUUCUCAGUGGUCCCUGUAUUGUAUUCUUGUUUGACCAACAAGUGACCACACCUCAGUAAUGGUAACACGGCAUCUGUCAGCGAGCUAGCUGACUUAUAUCCUGGAGCUUAAGCUUCAGGAAACGUGAGUAAAGAUAUAUGUAUGUAUAUAGUCAUAUAUGUAUUCUAGCAAGAAAAAAUGUAUUUAUUUUGACACAGGGAAACACUGAUUUAUGUUGCUGAAGAACUUGAAGCUAGUAAAAGGUUCUCUUCUCAGUCUCUGAGCGUGGACCCUACGUGCAUAGAGAUCAUUCAUUCAGUAAAAGCCUACUGAGCAACUCUGGUGAGCCAGCCCCACUGGGCACAUGUAUGAGCCAGAUAGACCUGACUUCACGAAACCUCUUGUACAGGGAAAGCCAGUUUUUCUUCCUCCAAUUUCUCAAGUCUGGGUUGAAAGGUAGGGUCUGCCACAGGUUUUUAAGGAACUAAGGGGUUACAAAUGCAGAAUGGGUGGGAACUGGGAAUAACUUAGUGGGAAGCUAAUUUAUUUGCUUAAAAGAGAAGUGUAAGAACACCACUCUCUGUUGAUCUACCAAGGAUUUCCUCCCAAAUAGAGGUUGUGCUGGGUAAGUCACCAAACAAGACAGAUGUAUACCUAAAUUUCUAAUAUGUUCUAUGGGUUUCAAUUCUGAAAAAAGAAAAUAAAGAUUUUAAUAAGUA